AUGGGAGCAGGAGUUUCUGGACAGCCCGUCUAUUUGACAAGAUCAACGAUGCUCAUAAGCCAUACUCCGAUGACUCAACCUCCAGGCCAACAGUGUACAUUUCGAAGGCAAUCUACUAUUAUUUCCGCUCCAAGCUCAUCGGACGGAGGGAUUUCGUCUCAGUUGGCACUACCACUACAGUUCUAUCCCAAUAACGUCUAUCAGAAUCAUGGCUACUCAGCUCAAGUGCAAGGAUUCGAGGUGAAGAAGCAGUUUAACAAUACAACAUUUCUAAUUUGAGCAUUCAGCCCUCCAACUCUCAUGCCAUGACAGCGCCAUCAGCUCCAGCAAUCGCCGAAGAGACUCCGCCAGCAUAUUCAUCAAUUUAUCCCAGUUUGGCUAAUCGAGUUAACUGA